GUUUCCCACGCCCUGCAGGCUCCCCGUGCGCGUCCUUCCUUGUCAAGGGCUUGCCUAGCCCAGGUGCUCUCGGGCCUUGGCCUUCGGCAGGUUCUCAGAAUAUUUUGUCCUGGAGCAAGCCCCCAACUCCGUAUGCCGGCGCCCCGGACGAGCCACGUGCGCCCCGCGCAGCGAGUGCGCGCCCCGCCCCAAGGGAGGAGCGUGCCGGCUCCCAGGCACUUGGCCCCAGCUGCAGCCCGUGGCUGCGACCCGGCGUUCCCUGCUUUUCCUCCCCUCCGGCUGGCUCCUGACCCCGCCUCCGCCCUCCCCUACCCGGGCUCUUCCCGCCGCCUCACCGGGCCCGCCCGUCUGCCUUUCCAGUCUGGCCGGCGGGGGCCGCACGCUGGGCGGCUCAGGCCGUGGGACCGUGGUCACUCCCUUACCAGAAAUUCUUGGCUGGUAAUCGCGAAGCCGACAGGGAGCAAGAGCUGGGAGAACUGGAGAAAACCGCUCUAAUCUGACUUGAUUCUGGCAAGAAGUGGACCCUGCGUCAUAAUAACCAGCAUUUGCAAAGCGGUCUCAGAGCAACUUUCCUGGAACAUCAAAAGUUGACUCCAGUCUCCCUGCCCCACUGACUACUGACGGUACUAAGACAGGACAUUUCUGUGUGCUGGAGAGGAUAGGGCACGAGGCAUCUCUGUCUUCCGGUGUCCUCAUCCUGCAUGGCACGCUGACUCAGAAGAUUUGCAGCCCCACCUCACACCCCGUAGUAAAACUGGCCCUGAAGGAGCCCAGGGCGCCUCUGGAGGCUCCUGCUCUAAGGUGAUUCGUCUCAGAGAUUCCUCAAGAACUGAGCCCUUUGCAGGACUCAUGCCCCAGCCUGUGCCCCCAUGACCAGGUGGAUAGCACUCCUUGUGCCUGCGACCCAGAACCCUGGCUGACCACAUUGAAGCAGGAUGCUCCAGCAGGUUAAUGGCCACAGUUCAGGCUCUGAUGCCCACGGCGGGGAAUCCCUCAGAGAAGAUUUGCAGGAGUUCCUGGGCGGGGAGGCCCCGCUGCACCAGCUGGAUGACCUCACCAAGGUGAAUCCUGUGACGCUGGAGACAGUCCUGAGGUGUCUGCAGGCCCGGUACAUGGCAGACACGUUCUACACCAGCGCUGGCUGCACCCUGGUGGCUCUGAACCCCUUCAAGCCCAUCCCUCAGCUCUAUUCACCAGAGCUGAUGCAAGAGUACCACGCUGCUCCUCAGCCCCAGAAACUGAAGCCCCACAUCUUCACUGUGGGUGAACAGACCUACAGGAAUGUCAAGAGUCUGAUGGAGCCAGUCAACCAGUCUAUUGUCGUCAGUGGAGAGAGUGGUGCCGGGAAGACAUGGACGUCCCGCUGCCUUAUGAAGUUCUACGCUGUGGUGGCCGCGUCACCCACAUCCUGGGAAAAUCACAAGAUUGCAGAGAGGAUCGAACAGCGAAUCUUGAACUCCAACCCUGUCAUGGAAGCUUUCGGGAACGCGUGCACACUGAGGAAUAACAACAGUAGCCGCUUUGGGAAGUUCAUCCAGCUCCAGCUGAACAGGGCCCAGCAGAUGACUGGAGCUGCAGUUCAGACCUACUUGCUAGAGAAGACUCGAGUGGCCUGUCAGGCCUCCAAUGAGAGGAACUUCCACAUCUUCUAUCAGAUCUGCAAAGGAGCCAGUGCAGACGAGAGGCUCCAGUGGCACCUCCCUGAGGGAGCCGCCUUCUCCUGGCUGCCCAACCCAGAGAGGACCUUGGAAGAGGAUUGUUUCGAGGUGACCAGGGAGGCCAUGCUUCAUUUGGGCAUCGAUGCCCCCACCCAGAACAACAUCUUUCAGGCCCUAGCUGGACUGCUGCACCUCGGCAACACCCGGUUUGCUGACUCCGGGAACGAAGCCCAGCCCUGCCCACUGAUGGAUGACGCUAAGUGCUCUGUCAGGACAUCGGCCUCACUGCUGCGGCUCCCAGAAGACCCUCUGCUGGAGACACUGCGGAUUCGAACCAUCAGGGCAGGCAGGCAGCAGCAGGUGUUCCAGAAGCCCUGCUCCCGGGCCGAGUGUGACACCCGCAGAGACUGUCUGGCCAAACUGGUCUACGCACGGCUGUUUGACUGGCUGGUAUCGGUGAUCAACAGCAGCAUCUGUGCGGACCCCGGCUCCUGGACCACUUUCAUAGGCCUGCUGGACGUGUACGGGUUUGAGUCGUUCCCCACCAACAGUCUGGAACAGCUGUGCAUCAACUACGCCAACGAGAAGCUGCAGCAGCACUUCGUGGCUCACUACCUCAGGGCCCAGCAGGAGGAGUACACAGCUGAGGGCCUGGAGUGGUCGACUGUCAGCUACCAGGACAACCAGACCUGUUUGGAUCUCAUCGAGGGGAGCCCCGUCAGCAUCUGCUCCCUCAUAAACGAGGAAUGCCGCCUUAAUCGGCCAAGCAGUGCAGCCCAGCUCCAGACGCGCAUUGAGAGCACGCUGGCAGGCAGCCCCUGCCUGGGCCACGACAAGCUCAGCCGGGAGCCCAGCUUCAUCGUGGUGCAUUAUGCAGGGUCUGUGCGCUACCACACCGCGGGCCUGGUGGAGAAGAACAAGGACCCCAUCCCCCCUGAGCUGACCAGGCUCCUGCAGCAAUCCCAGGACCCCCUGCUCAAAGUGCUGUUUCCUGCUGACCCUGAAGAGAAGUCCCAGGAGGAGCCCUCUGGCCAGAGCAGGGCCCCUGUGUUGACCGUGGUGUCCAAGUUCAAGGCCUCCCUGGAGCAGCUUCUGCAGGUCUUGCAUAGCACCACACCCCACUACAUUCGCUGCAUCAAGCCCAACAGCCAGGGCCAGGCGCAGAUGUUCCACCAGGAGGAGGUCCUGAGCCAGCUGGAGGCCUGUGGCCUCGUGGAGACCAUCCACAUCAGUGCCGCCGGCUUCCCUAUCCGGGUCUCUCACCGGAACUUCCUGAAGCGGUAUGAGUUACUGAGAAGGCUCCGUCCUGGCGCAGCCCCCAGCCCCCAUGGCCCACCUCCAGAUGAAGGGUGCUCAGAAUGGUCUCCACACUCCGAGCAGGCCACGCUGCAAGCCCUCCUCCAGGACAUCCUCCACACUCUGCCAGCCCUGGCUCAGGCACCAGCUGAGGCCAUGCUGGCCCCAGUGCACUGUGGCAGGACCAAGGUGUUCAUGACUGACUCCACGCUGGAGCUUCUGGAACGUGGGCGUGCCCAGGUGCUGGAGCAGUGUGCCCGCAGCAUCCAGGGUGGCUGGAGGCGACACUGGGGCCGCAAGCAGGAGAGGCAGAGGCGGGCCGCCGUGCUCAUCCAGGCAGCUGUUCGUUCCUGGUUGACUCGGAAGCACAUCCAGAGGCUGCACGCAGCUGCUACGGUCAUCAAACGCGCGUGGCAGGAGUGGAGAAUUAGAAUGGCCUUCCUGGCUUCUAAAGAACUGGAUGGUGUGGAAGAACAACGCUCGUCUCAAGUCACCUGUUCCCCGAGCUCCUCGCCACUGCCCCAGGCACAGACCAGGCUCCUGGGGGCAGUAACCCGCUUCUGGCCCCUGGGACUGGUCCUGGCCAACGCCGCCGUGGGUGCUUAUGGCUUCCGGAGGAAGCUGGUGGUCUUCGCCUGCCUCCCGCUCCCCGUGGGCAGCCCCAGCAGCUACACUGUCCAGACAGCACAAGAACAAGCUGGAGUCACGUCCAUCCGAGCGCUGCCUCAGGUGAGCCGUGUGACGGGCUGGCCGUCCUGCCAGGACAGCUCCAGAUCCCUCACGCCCCACUGUGGAGGGCAGGGGGCAGAGCCCGGGAGUCACAGCAGGAGCAGGACCGAGGCUGCGAGAAGAGCCUCCUGACCCUGCUGGGGAAACCAGAAGCCUGCACGUCCCUCGCAUUGUUACGAGGAGGGGUUUUCCAGAGCCCUUUCACUUUUUAAAAGCUGCCUCUAAAUGAUCUAGCGUCUCCUCUGAAUCGCCUUUAAAUUAGCCCAACUUCCAAAAAAUUGUGGUUGUGAUGACGGCACCUUGUUCUCCCCAAGUUGUAGUCUUUGGUUUAUCCUAUUCCAGCCGAGGAAAUGACAAGCACGUGAGUCAGUGGGCCAAGAAUUUAUAUUAAGAGCAGCCAGGGAAAGAGCCAGCCAGCACAGAAAAGGGCUAAUAGCAACCUUUUACAAGGAUUAGGUGACACUGACAAGGCAGAAGGAAGGAAACACUGAAUUUCCUAAUCUAGAUAAAAUCUCCAUGACAACACACAGGCCAGCCAGAGUGUAAACAGAAGUGCAGUUCUUUGAUCUUCCAUCUUUAAGCAGGCAUAAGAAUGUAACAGGCCAUACUCCUAGUAUGGGGGAGCUCCCUCCUAGUGUUUCCUCAUCUGUCUCACAUUGAAUGGAUGUGGAAUUUUAUAUUUUAAUACUGUUUUGGACUUUGCCAUUGUUUUAGAAUAAGGAGAAGACAACAACAUUGACUAACUCAAUCGUGCUACUGCUGUGACUCUCACUUGGGUACUUACUUACAUGUCCCUGCCUCCCUGCAUUUCUAGCGUUCACUCUGUCAGGUACCUUUAGCCCUGGCACUCCUGGGAGCUGGGGUUAAGCUGCAUCUCUUUCCCCAGGGUUCGAUAAAGUUUCACUGCAGGAAGUCUCCACUGCGCUAUGCUGACAUCUGCCCUGAACCUUCGCCCAACAGUGUUACUGGCUUUAAUCAGAUCCUGCUGGAAAGACACAGGCUGGGCCACGUGUGAUCUCUCCUCACAUU